AACUUCAAACAUCUAACCUAUCAUCGAGCCAAAAAAACUCAUAUUGCUCAUAGCUUUUCUCGAUUUUUUUUUUUCCAUCAAGACUCUUUAAAGAACAAAAAAAACAAGGGAGAGAAAGCUAUGGAGAGACAGGUUAGUAACCUGGAAACAGGGUUGCUGAGAAAAAACCUAAGCAUAAGAAGGGUCCAUAACGACGACGUUUUCCUGGACGCGGGGCUUUCACGAAGGGCGCCGACACCGAGAGAGGCCAAGAAGCUUCUAAGCGACGACGCUUCUCUCGAGUCGGGGAUUUCACAAAGGGCGCCGACACCGAGAGGACCCAAGAAACUCCUAAACGACGACGUUGAAUGUCGCGUUACCGGUUCCGUUCUUCUCAGCACCUUCGUCACCGUCUCGGGCUCCUUCUGUACCGGUUGUGGGGUCGGUUAUUCAUCGGCUGCUCAAUCAGGCAUCACAAAAGAGUUAUCCCUCUCCGUCGCAGAAUACUCGAUGUUCGGGUCCAUUUUGACUUUUGGAGGAAUGAUUGGUGCGAUAUUCAGCGGAAAAAUCGCCGACGUCUUGGGAAGAAAACGGGCAAUGUUGUUUGCUGAAAUCUUCUGUGGAGCCGGUUGGCUUGCAAUAGCAUUAGCUCAGGAUGCAAUGUGGCUCGAUUGUGGAAGAUUGCUACUUGGAGUUGGCGUUGGUUUAUUUAGCUACGUGAUUCCUAUAUAUAUUGCAGAAAUUUCACCAAAACAUGUUCGAGGGUCAUUCGUGUUUGCCAAUCAGCUGAUGCAAAAUUGUGGGAUCUCGCUUUUUUUCAUUGUCGGAAAUUUCAUUCCUUGGCGAAUAUUAUCAAUAAUCGGUAUGGUCCCGUGUGUUAUUCACGUUUUCGGUUUGUUCUUCAUCCCCGAAUCUCCAAGAUGGCUGGCAAAAUUCGGUCGAGAUAAAGAAUGCAGAAUAGCAUUGCAACGCCUCAGGGGCCACGACGCCGAUAUUUCUUACGAGGCAAACGCAAUUAAGGAUUCGGUUGAAUCAUCGUUACAAGGUGGUGGAUCUCGAAUGACCGACUUGUUUCAAAAACGAUAUGCCUAUCCAAUGCUUAUCGGAGUUGGUUUGAUGCUCUUCCAACAAUUGUCUGGCAGCUCGGGAGUUACCUAUUAUGCUAGUAGCCUAUUCCAAAGGGGAGGUUUUCCAAGCGCUAUUGGCACAACCGUUUUGGCGAUAAUCAUGAUACCAAAAGCAAUGAUGGGAACUAUCUUAGUCGAGAAAAUGGGACGAAGAGCACUCCUUAUGGGCUCUUGUGCUGGAAUGUGUUUGUUUGCCUUGCUCCUAAGCGUUUCCUUCUGCUUUCAGUCACUUGGCGUCCUGGAAGAGCUGACUCCGAUCUUCACGUGCAUAGGCGUAUUGGGACAUAUCGUGACGUUUGCGAUGGGAAUGGGAGGACUACCGUGGAUUAUAAUGUCCGAGAUAUUUCCUAUGAACGUGAAAGUUUCAGCGGGAACCCUAGUGACCUUGACCAACUGGUCCUUUGGUUGGAUCAUUACAUACGCUUUCAACUUCUUGAUGCAAUGGAACGCGGCAGGAACGUUCUUGGUUUUCUCGACCGUCUCCGCUGCUUCGAUCGUGUUUGUUUACAUGUUGGUUCCCGAAACGAAAGGGAAGACCCUCGAAGAAAUACAAGCAUCGUUCUCAAAUUUUCUUCGAUAGUAUCAUAAAUAUAUAUAUAUAUAUAUAUAUAUAUAUAUAUAUAUAUAGAAAUUGAUGUCAUAUUCCAUUUUCAUGUCAUAAAAUCGAUUAUUGUGGUUGUGCGAAUUGUGAUUUUGGGGAAAUAGAUUGAAUAAAAGUUAUUUCGGGUUGAUUAA